AUGGACGCACAGCAGUCUAAAACGGCUGGUUCGACCCAUCAUCUAUACAACGGAAGGCGAGCUUCACUGCCCCUCAACAUCAUAGCUAUAGGAUGCGAUCUGGGAGGUCUUGCCGCUGCAUACUGCCUCACACAGGCAGGCCACAACAUCACCAUCCUCGGAGCAGCGUUAGCCGUCAAUGAGGUAGGCGCUGGCGUUCAAGCCAAUCCCAAUGACUCACGUCUUGAAAAACUCGGCGUCAAAAUUCAGGAUUUGAACUUUCAGCGAUGGAACAAAGAUGAGGUCGCAGGGUGGACGCCGUUUGGGGAUGUAGUCGAUAGGAAAUAUGAUUCCCCUUUCUACCUCUUACACCGAGCUGAUUUUCACCCUAUGCUCUACGAAGCCACUGACUCAUACUGUAACAUCCAUGUUAAUAGUCGUGAUGUAUCCAUGGACCCAUCAAAAUUCAGUGUGACCCUUGCCUCCGGGGAGGUCGUAUCUGAUGACCUGAUCAUUGGCAACGACGGACUUAAAAGUGUCACUCGGAAAUGGAAUCGAAUAUGGAUGGGCCUCGGAGGUCACAUUGUCGGCCAUGCUAUUAGAGCCAAUGCGAAAGCUGCACAGCGUGCCAAGAAAGAAUUUAACCUCGUCAAGAUGCACCCUGAUGAAACUGAAGGGGGUAUAGAAUCAUGGACUGCUGAAGGUAAUGUAAACAAGAUGAAGAAGACCUACAAGGGAUGGAGAACCACUGUUCAAAAGCUCAUGGCGCUUGUCCCGUCAACGCGUCAACGCUCGAUUGGAAAGUUGAUGGACCGAGACCCUGGAAAACCGCUCACAGAUCUUGCCUAUCAAUCUCUCCGGCACGACCGUGCUACCACGAUACAGAAGUCUUCAAGACUAAACCAUCACCACCAACCUGACGGGCCAGAACAGGAGGAGCUUGAUCAUGACAUGCGUGUACUAACAAGCAAUGCAGAUCAGUGGGCUGAUAAGACAAAGUGCGACAUCCAAUUUGGAUACGACGCGGAUGAGGCAGAAAUGUGGUGGCUCGCGAAUAGGAACAAGCUUGUGACCCUCGUUCCUUCAACUGAACUCAAGCUAAGAGUUGUGCAUUCCGAAAAUCGCGAUCAUUAAAUACUGUCUGAUUUUAUCGGCCGUCGAGCGACUCGAGCUUUCCCGUCGUAGGAAACGG